AGCCGUGCCGCUCGCCGGAGCUAUAAAACGCGGCCGCGGGGCAGCGCCUCUCCUCGCACACAACCAUUGCAUCACCUACCUCUCGAGCUCAUCACAGCCGCAGCGCACUCUCAAGAUGUCGUGGUUCGGGCACCACCACCACCAGCCGGCUCCCCCGGCGUCGGGCCCCAACCAUGUGUUCAAGAUCUUCUGCCGCGCCAACGACAACUACUGCCUCGCCGUCCGCGACGGCGCCGUCGUGCUCGCCCCGGCCAACCCCAAGGACAUCCACCAGCACUGGUACAAGGACAUGCGCUUCAGCACCAGGGUCAAGGACGAGGAGGGCAUGCCGGCCUUCGCGCUCGUCAACAAGGCCACCGGGCUCGCCAUCAAGCACUCGCUCGGCCAGUCCCACCCGGUGAAGCUGGUUCCCUUCAACCCCGAGGAGGAGGACGCGUCGGUGCUGUGGACGGAGAGCAAGGACGUCGGCAAGGGCUUCCGCUGCAUCCGCAUGGUGAACAACACCCGCCUCGGCUUCGACGCCUUCCACGGCGACAAGGACCACGGCGGCGUGCACGACGGCACCACCGUCGUGCUCUGGGAGUGGUGCAAGGGCGAGAACCAGAGCUGGAAGAUCCUGCCCUGGGGCCCCGAGGCGGACUCCCCCGCGGCGGGGCCCGGCAACGCGUCCGUCGGCGGCGUCCCCGUGCACACCGUGCGCAUCUUCUGCAAGGCCGGCGAGGACUACAGCCUCACGGCGCGCAACGGCACCGCGUGCCUGGCGCCCACCAACCCCAGGGACGAGUACCAGCACUGGAUCAAGGACAUGCGGCACAGCAACCGGGUCAGGGACGAGGAGGGCUACCCGGCCUUCGCGCUCGUCAACAAGGUCACCGGCGAGGCCAUCAAGCACUCCACCGGCCAGGGCCACCCGGUGAAGCUGGUGCCCUACAACCCGGACUACCAGGACGAGUCCGUGCUCUGGACGGAGAGCCGCGACGUCGGCAGCGGCUUCCGCUGCGUGCGCAUGGUCAACAACAUCUACCUCAACUUCGACGCCUUCCACGGCGACAAGGCCCACGGCGGCGUCCACGACGGCACCGAGAUCGUGCUCUGGAAGUGGUGCGAGGGCGACAACCAGCGCUGGAAGAUCCUCCCCUGGUGUAAGUGCCCAUCGGACCUGCACGAAUCUGAUGAGAACUGUCUUCGCCCAACUAGAUGGUGACGGAGGAACCUUCUGGAUUGAAAGGAGCUGCUGCUACCUAAUAAUAAGAGAUUUCUGCAGCGUUCGAAUAAAACCGUGGAUUUCAGAGUGGUAUUUGCGUCAGACCGUCAGUCACAGUGUGAGCCUGGUCUUACCAUGUGAGGAGGAGCAGGGCCUCUGAACCUGCAUUGCGAUGUACUCCUUCUGGCUUUCUUUCGAUUUCCGGCGCCUGUACUCUGAACUCUGUAUCGCAUUUGCUUACCUACUUUAAUCCUGUUUUACCAACCUUUGCGCCUUUCUUGUAAUGAAUGAAUUGUGAAACUUUUUCA